AAACCAACGUAAAUUUCAGUUCAAUAAGGACACGAAGACACUUCCUACUGCGGCUGGAACGUCAAAUGUACAUUAAAUAAAAGAACGAUAACUAUUAGCAAUGGUAGCUAGGAGAGAGUGUUUAGGUCGUCAUAACGCGUGAUGUACAAAAUUCAUAUCGAUCGACAUUAUCAACACUGUCAGAACUGUACUGUAACUGUAACCGUAAGUACAAUGUACAGAAUAUAAUUUUGUUUUCUCAUAUUUCUACCCUAUCUCAUAUUCGUAAUUUCUCCUCUGUCUAUAUCUCAACAUUUAUCUUCGAAGUAUCUAUGUUCUUCAAUAAUAGGGGACCAAUCUUUGUCUUCCAUCGAAUCGUCCAAGAAGCGACAGUUUUAGAGAGAGAUGAUUGAUAUUUUAUGAUGUAAAGCCUAACUGAAAUUGGCAGUCCCUUAAAAGAACGAUUACGUCAUUUUCUUAUAGGUAUGUACAUAUGUAACUUCCGUCUGAAUUGCUAACACAAUAACACCAGCAAUCAAACAGCUUUGCCUCGAUACAAUAAAUGAAAUAAUAUGAAAAUACCGUCAUUAAAUUUCUUUACACUUUACCGAAUCAAUUUACUACCACUUGAUACUUUGGAUCUAUAAAGAAUCGCUUCAUGCAUUCGGCACGGCAUGCCAGUUUUAUUGAGUUUGUGGUUCCGUGCGUUUCGUUUCUUUACAAGUCGUUGUUUCGAAAUUUGGAAACAUGGACGUAUUUCAGAAAUCCGGGGAACAGUAUCCUAAUAUAUAUGACAUUCCUUAUUAUAAUAUGAUCAAGAAGUAUUUAAGAUUUUUGGGCCUAGAUCCACACCAAAAACAUGGAUUGAUCAUUGUAAUUAUAAUGGUGAUUAGUAUGACAAGCGGACUUAUUCCAAUGUCAAUCGUAUUGUACGGAUCAUUAUACACCAAGAAUCUGGACAUGGUGCUCGAGUGUUUGCCACAUUUAGGUGCACUUUUGACCAGUAUCGUUAAAAUAUUGAAUGUUCAUUUCAACAGAGAUAAUUUUAGAAAAUUGUUCGAUUCUAUAACGAAAGAAUGGCAGCAGCUGAAAUUAAGUCAAGAUUUGUACAUUCUGGAAGAAGUCACCAUACGAGGCAGCAAAAUGGCAAGAUUGUAUCGAAGUAAGUUAUCAUGUCUUAAUUUUUUAAUAAUUCUAAUCUUUUCAGAUACUUUACUGAUAUGUAUGGUACUUUUUUUACUCGUUCCACUGCUUCCCCCUAUGUUGGAUAUCGUUCUUCCACUAAACGAAACUCGACCACGACAACAAUUACUUAAUGUUAAUUACGUGUUUUUUGACAGCGAUAACUAUUUUUUCUACGUGUAUUUACAGUUAUCUUGGACAUCAAUAGUAGUUUCGAUAAUCAUAGUUACCGUAGAUUCUUUAUUGAUGCUUAUAGUUCACCACAAUAGUGGACUAUUUAUAGUAUGUGGGCACCAAAUCCAGAAAAAAGCAAGGCACUUAAAUUCAUUCACUAAUGAAGCUGUGUCGGAACAUUACACAUAUAAACAGAUCAGAAAUUGCGUGAUUAUGCAUAAUAAAGCCAUAGACUUUUACGAUAUAUUAGAUGAAAACAAUCGACUUAGCUAUAUGAUUCAAAUUGGAUUAAAUAUGAUUGGUAUAACCACGACAGCUGUUCAAACAGUAAUUAACUUAGAUAGACCGGGAGAAUCAAUUAGAAGCGCUGUGCUAUGCGGUGCUAAUCAGUUUCAUUUGUUUAUGCUCAGUUUACCCGGACAAAUACUUAUAGAUCAUUGUAACGAGCUAACGAAACAACUAUACAAUUCUACAUGGUAUGGAGCACCAGUAAAAGUUCAAAGAAUGCUUUACAUGAUGCAAGUAAGAACUAGACGGCCAUGUACAUUAACUGCGUGUGGAUUGUACCAAAUGAAUAUCGAGAACUUUGGAACUGUAUGUAACACAGCAUAAGUAGAUUGUAAUUGUUGUACUAUAUCAACCAUUAUUUACAAUCGUUUUCAUUGUAAGACCUUCAAAACCUGCAUGUCGUACAUUACGAUGAUAAUGUCAUUGAAAGGAUGAAGUUCACUGUUAUCUCUAUAUCAUUUUAUACUUGGACUGAGUAAGCAUGAAGAUGGUACAAUACCUGAUAUAAUACUUUGUCAUUAUAUCGAACGUACAAGUAGUGU